AUGUCUGCUCAUCACCUGAGAGAUUUGAUAUCGAAUCUUGCCUCUUCACAGGACGCUGUCGUCAACAUGGUCGCUGAACAAGUCGUGACGUGCAUGAUGUGCUUGUCCUGCGAAGAUUUCUCAGCGUUUGUGGCCUACUUGAGGAAGUGCAUGCUCUCUCCAGAGGUACCUUACAUCACGGGUCUCACAAGAGGGCGCUUAAACCUCAUAGCCAUCCACAACAACCGCGAAAACAUUCUCUUUGAGAUGAAUCAGCAUUUCACGCGUAUGUGUAUCCCAGCUUUCGAAGAUAUAUUCGUGGGUGCUGAGAUGUACAACAGAGCGAUUGAUGCGAGGGACAUGGCGAUAGCGAGGAGGAACCAGAUGGGAGUCAGCAGUGUUUUUCAAAAAGGUGAAUCAAGUAAUAGCCGGUUCUUAAGUGGGCAAGAAAACGCAGAUGAGAGGACCAUCGUCCUCUCAUUUUCUAGAAGAUACCCAGUUUCUAGAGAAGAAGUGCAUGGCUACUUUACCUGGAGAUUUGGGGAAAUUAUAGAAGCGAUACACAUGGGUGGAGCGGGACGGACUGGACAAACGCUGUAUGCAGCAGCGAUGGUGUUAAAUUCUCCCGCCAUGAUUCCAGCGAUUAUAAUGGAAGGGAUCUCCACGACCAAAUUCAGCAUCAAUGGAAAACAUGUCUGGGCUCGAAAAUUCAUUCCCAGCCACAAAAUCCUCUUCCCAUAA